AACACUAAUAAUAUGCAACGAAAUAAAAGUAAAAAGAGAAAGAAUUAGUAUGUUAAUGUAAUUACAAAAACAUUUCCUACAACUUAAUGACAACGGAUGUCGAUUGGGCUGUAUAUAGGCUGCUAAGGUUGAAUGACUUGAGCCUAUGACGAUGGAAUUUCACUCCGACCAUUUCCGCCAUUGCCCACGACUGUCUCCAGACUAUGAAAAAAAUGAAAAUUUUUGUGCGUCAGCUACUGAGUCUCUGGCCAUUGCUGCUGACUUUGCCAAUCAGUGUUAGGUCUUGCACUGAAGAUGUCAGCUGCACGUUUGGUCUUGUUGGUCAAUGUGGAUGGAACAGUUUGAGUGAAAAACAAUUCGAGAUGAAAUGGAAGCCUGGUAACAUCUACAUGUCUGUGGACAUGGGAGGUGACACACAAGCACACGUCACGUCGCUGUACGGCAGUCCGCUGAUAUGUAAGACAAACGUCACGCACUCCUUCACCUUCAGAUACAGUCUAGAGAAUGGUGAGAAUUGUCACAUGACAUCCUAUGCCAUUCGUUCAGACGGAAUAAACAUCAGUCUCUGGGACACCAGUGUCUUCAUGGAAAGCGAACCUUACUCUCAACUCCCUCCUGCUUUGAUCUGUCCUCAAGACACAGUGUUUCAGAUAAUUAUUCAAGUAACAAAGAUCCGUCGUGGUGGGUGUGGUGAGGUCAGGGUCGAUGAUGUUGAGUACUACUCAUCUACAAGCAAUUUGACGACCUGCACAGUAACGCCCUCUACAUCUACACCAGGUCUCCAGAGGAAGACUACCUCUGUAGUCAAGUCAGCAGACAUAUUGUCAUCCUUGAAGUCACAGUCACUAACAUCUAAUACCGCUACAGUUUGGUCUUUAUCGUCUGAAACUCCACACACAGGGACUACUCCGUCUUCAAACUCUGCCACAUCUUCAACGGACCUUCGUGAGACGACUAAAAAAGGUAAAUAAUUUGAGUCAUGUUUGUGAUUGUAUUAAUUAAGAUUUAACAUCAGAGAUGUUUUGUGGAGUAUCGGUUGUCAGUAUGCUGUAUGGUAACAGCAAGAGAAAUCACAGUAGCAAGUCUUAUUUAACAUAGAUACCUUACUGACUCGUCACAUACAUUUGUGAUCUUCUACACUCUUGGUGUUGGAAAUACUUGCAUUAAUACACAACUGGUUUGAUAAGUUGACCAUUAAUGUUCAUUGUUGAAAGUGCCGCUUAAUGUGUUUGGUCAUUUACAUCAAGACAUUUUUUUUUGUUUCACCAUCAGAAAGCACUACAAAAUAAAGAGAAUAAACUUGUUUUCUUAGGGACAAAAUCUGCAAAUUCUUAGAUAAUGAAAUACACUUUGAAUUUACUUUGCACUCAGUAUUCAAGCAAUUAAUAGAACACUGAGAAUACAACAACGAACACGAAUAAUUUACUGUUUUCUAUCACAGACCAAUCUUUGUCAGAACCAAACGUGACUCACUAUACGGGCCUUGUCUAUUUUAAUCAUUCAAAGGUACCGUGUUAUCUCUUCCACACCCAAUCUUUCCAAAUACAUUCACACACAUGAAGUCUUCCUAGUAACAGUACGAGGGACGGAGGCUCCUGUCCCAGCACACAAUUCGUUUAGCACCUGUCUCUUUGUCUCUUUUUACAUCAACACAUACAACCUCACCAUCUCCCCUCCCCCGGGACCAAGUUUUGUUCGGUAGCACAUUACAAGAAUACGAUAGCGUGUGUAGUCAUCUGUCUGGUAGCGGGUAAGGUGAGGUACUCUGUGCUACACAGUCUCUAGGUAUCACCUGUCGUCAUGCUCUGCUCGUGGCGAUAUGUUUCGAGCUGAAGAGAGUUCAGAUUGUGGCUGACAUGGCGAUCCUCUCACAUCUGCUGCCCUAGCGUACAGGUCUAUCCUUAAAUAUAUAAUUAUAUUUUCUCCAUGCAUCAUUCUUACAUCCGUAGUGCUGACCUCUUGCCGAGACAAGCGCAACAAUUGAAACCUUCUCUUGUGCUUUCGCUCAUCCCUCGGUCCCUCCCGACGUGUAGAUCUUUCGCGGCGAAGGACAAGCAUUGGCUAUCAAGAACAGGGGGUAAAAACCGUAUUUCAAAUAUCGAACUAAAAGAAAAGACAUGGACCAUUCAAAGCAGUAUUGGGAGAUAAAACGUUGACUUUGCCGGAUGUUGUGCCGACGGACUUUUGUUACCGAUUGUGUCCUCAUAAACCUCGCGUCUGCUUU